AGUAAAUAGGGGGUAAUACGAAUAAUUAUAAAUUCUCGGUACGGUGAACACACUGGCCUCCGGUCCGCAAGUGUGUGCUGUUGGCUGCCUAAUAAAUUCGAAUUGGAGAUAACACGCGACCAAUGUGUGCGUGUGCUUACCAGUGAUCUUCCUCCCAACACAUUUUGUAUAUACCGACACCGUACAAACUACAGGUUUAUCGGCUCAGGUAUAUGUAUGACUUGUGGCUGUUUUGGGGUACUUGAUACUUCGUAGGUGAACCGCUUCUCGCGAUCAAAAGACGUGCGGUGAUGACAACAGAAUCGUUUUCUUGCUAAAAAUUCCUCGAAAAUUCUUAAACACAGUGAAUAAUGAAUAUUUUUUUGGUAUGACACUAUAUAACAAAUUUCUACUCAACACACCACUAUGGUUAUUGUAACUAGAGGAGAUUAUAUUUGGAUUGAACCAAUCUCCGGAAGAGAAUUCGAUGUUGCAAUUGGGGCUAAAGUUACUUCUGCAGAAGGCAAACGAAUUCAAGUUAAAGAUGAUGACGGGCGGGAGCUGUGGCUUACGCCAGAAAGGAGAAUUAAAGCAAUGCACCCUACAUCAAUUCACGGGGUGGAAGACAUGAUUUCGUUGGGUGAUUUGCAUGAGGCAGGGAUAUUAAGAAAUUUACUUAUUCGCUACAAUGAAAAUCUUAUAUAUACUUACACGGGAUCAAUUUUGGUUGCUGUCAACCCAUAUCAAAUUUUACCAAUUUAUACUGCUGAACAAGUUAAGUUGUACAAAGACAGAAAAAUCGGCGAGCUACCUCCUCACAUUUUUGCUAUUGGCGAUAACAGCUAUACACAUAUGAAAAGAUUUGGUCAAGAUCAAUGUAUAGUCAUCAGUGGCGAAAGUGGAGCAGGUAAAACAGAAAGUACAAAAUUAAUCUUACAAUAUUUAGCUGCUAUCAGUGGAAAACAUUCUUGGAUUGAACAACAAAUAUUGGAAGCUAAUCCUAUACUUGAAGCUUUUGGUAAUGCUAAAACUAUAAGAAAUGACAAUUCUUCAAGGUUUGGAAAAUAUAUUGAUAUUCAUUUCAAUCAUUCGGGUGUUAUUGAAGGAGCAAAAAUUGAACAAUAUUUACUCGAGAAGUCUCGUAUAGUUUCUCAAUCCCAAGAUGAACGAAACUAUCAUAUAUUUUACUGUUUACUCGCUGGUUUAUCGGCUGAAGAUAAAGUCAAAUUAGAACUCACUGAUGCAUCACAAUAUAAAUAUCUUACUGGGGGUGGAAGUAUAACUUGUGAGGGUCGCGAUGAUGCAGCUGAAUUUUCCGAUAUAAGAUCAGCAAUGAAAGUAUUAUUAUUUUCUGAUCAAGAAAUUUGGGAAAUACUAAAACUUUUGGCUGCUUUAUUACACAUUGGAAACAUUAAAUAUAAAGCUGCGAUUAUUGAUAAUUUGGAUGCUACUGAAAUUCCUGACCGUACAACUGUUACUAGAGUUGCCAAUUUAGUUGGGGUACCUGUUCAAUCAUUAAUUGACGCGUUGACUAGAAAGACAAUUUUUGCUCAUGGUGAAACAGUAAUUUCAACUUUAUCAAGAGAACAAUCUGUAGAUGUUAGAGAUGCCUUUGUAAAGGGCAUUUAUGGACGUUUAUUUGUACAUAUUGUUAGUAAAAUUAAUAAUGCUAUUUAUAAACCAAAAAGUACUACAAGGAGCGCAAUAGGGGUUCUAGAUAUUUUUGGUUUUGAAAACUUCAAAAACAACAGUUUUGAACAAUUUUGUAUUAACUUUGCUAAUGAAAAUCUUCAACAAUUUUUCGUCCAACAUAUUUUUAAAUUGGAACAGCAAGAGUACAACUAUGAGCAUAUUAGUUGGCAACAUAUUGAAUUUGUGGACAAUCAGGAUGCUUUGGAUCUUAUUGCAACUAAACAACUUAAUAUAAUGGCUCUUAUUGAUGAAGAGUCUAAAUUUCCUAAAGGUACUGAUCAAACAAUGUUGGCAAAAAUGCAUAAAACACACGGAAGUCAUCGAAAUUAUUUAAAACCAAAAUCUGACAUGAAUGCAUCGUUUGGGUUGAAUCACUUUGCAGGUGUUGUUUUCUAUGAUACUAGAGGUUUUCUUGAGAAAAAUCGUGAUACGUUUAGUGCUGAUCUUUUACAACUUAUUCAUAUAUCUACUAAUAAGUUUUUAAAAGUAUUGUUUGCUGAAGACAUUGGAAUGGGUUCUGAGACUAGAAAAAGAGCUCCAACAUUAUCAACACAGUUUAAAAAGUCAUUGGAUUUAUUAAUGAAAACUCUCUGCACUUGCCAACCAUUCUUUAUUCGAUGUAUUAAGCCAAACGAAUUAAAGAAACCUAUGAUGUUCGAUAGAGGAUUGUGCUGCAGACAACUCCGAUAUUCAGGUAUGAUGGAAACUAUUCGAAUCAGGCGUGCUGGAUAUCCAAUACGACAUGGUUUUAGGGAGUUUAUUGAAAGAUAUCGAUUUUUGAUUUCUGGAAUACCACCAGCUCACAAGACUGAUUGUAAAAAAAUGACUGAACACAUUUGUCAAGCCGUUUUAGGAAAGUCUGAUUAUCAGCUAGGUAAUUCAAAAAUAUUUCUUAAAGACGCUCAUGACUUAUUUUUGGAACAAGAACGAGAUCGUGUUUUGACCAGAAAAAUCAUCAUAAUACAAAAAUCUAUCAAAGGAUGGGUUUACAGAAGAAGAUAUCUACAAAUGCGAUCGGCCGCUAUAUUAAUUCAGAAAUACUGGAGAGGGUUCGCUCAAAAGAAAAGAUAUCACCAUAUGCUUGUUGGCUACUUAAGAUUGCAAGCAGUUAUUAGAUCACGAGUUUUGUCCCACCGAUUCAAACAUUUACGUGGACAUAUUGUUGGAUUGCAAGCACAAUCACGAGGGUAUCUAGUCAGAAGAAUGGUUGCCCAAAAAAUGUGGGCAAUAAUAAAAAUUCAGGCGCAUGUUAGACGAAUAAUUGCUCAAAGACGAUUUAACAAAAUUAAGUUUGAAUAUAGAACACAAAUUGAAGCCUUAAAACUCAAGAAAAAAGAAGAAAGAGAAUUAAAAGAAGCUGGAAACAAAAGAGCUAAAGAAAUUGCUGAACAAAACUACAGGGAACGUAUGGAAGAAUUAGAAAGAAAAGAACAUGAAAUUGAAGAAGAAGAAAAAAGACAAAUGGAAAUCAAGAAAAAUUUAAUUAGCAAUGCAGCUAGAAAACAAGAUGAACCAGUUGACGACAGUAAACUUGUUGAGGCAAUGUUUGAUUUCUUACCAGAUUCAAGUAGUGAAGCGCCAAUGCCUACAAGAGGGACAUCAGUUUUUAUGGAUUUACCAACAUCGAAAACUGAUGACCAGCAAGAUAUAAUUAGUGAUAUGCAACCAAUUGUAGAAGAUGAAGAAGAUUUGUCAGAAUUUAAAUUCCAGAAAUUUGCUGCGACUUAUUUCCAAGGAAACAUAACUCAUCAGUGUUCUAGAAAGCCACUAAAACAUUCUCUGUUACCCCUUCAUACUCAAGGAGAUCAAUUGGCUGCUCAAGCACUUUGGGUAACAAUUCUAAGAUUUUGUGGAGAUUUGUCAGAGCCACGUUACCACACCAUGGAAAGAGACAACACUUCUGUAAUGUCUAAAGUAACUGCAACGUUGGGUCGAAAUUUCAUUCGUAGUAAAGAAUUCUAUGAAGCUCAAAUGAUUGGCAUGGACCCUGAGAGUUUCCUCAAGUCUAAACCUCGUUCCAUACGUCAUAAACUAGUUUCACUCACAUUAAAACGAAAAAACAAACUAGGAGAAGAUGUACGCAAAAGAUUACAAGACGAUGAAUAUGCAGCUGACAGCUAUCAGUCUUGGUUAGAUACACGACCAACAUCAAAUCUAGAGAAAUUGCACUUUAUUAUUGGUCACGGUAUUCUACGAGCUGAACUUAGGGAUGAAAUUUACUGUCAAAUAUGCAAGCAACUAUCUGCAAAUCCAUCAAAGUCUUCUCAUGCAAGAGGAUGGAUUUUGCUGUCUCUUUGUGUUGGAUGCUUUGCUCCUUCUGAGAGAUUUGUGAACUACCUAAGGGCGUUUAUUAGAGAGGGUCCUCCCGGAUAUGCACCUUACUGUGAAGACCGUUUAAAACGUACAUUUAAUAAUGGUACACGAAAUCAACCUCCGAGCUGGUUGGAAUUACAGGCGACAAAAUCGAAAAAGCCAAUAAUGCUUCCCAUAACAUUUAUGGAUGGAAACACUAAAACCUUGUUGGCCGAUUCAGCAACUACUGCUCGGGAACUUUGCAAUCAACUUUCUGAUAAAAUAGGAUUAAAAGACCAAUUUGGAUUUUCGCUUUAUAUUGCGCUAUUUGAUAAGGUAUCAUCAUUAGGAAGUGGUGGCGAUCAUGUUAUGGAUGCUAUAUCUCAGUGUGAACAAUACGCCAAAGAACAAGGUGCACAAGAGCGUAAUGCUCCUUGGAGACUUUUUUUUAGAAAAGAAAUUUUUGCACCAUGGCAUGAGCCUACUGAAGAUCAUGUUGCGACAAACCUUAUAUACCAGCAAGUCGUGAGAGGUGUUAAAUUUGGAGAAUAUAGAUGUGAUAAGGAAGAAGACUUGGCUAUGAUUGCCGCUCAGCAAUACUAUAUAGAACAUAACACAGACCUUAACAAUGAGAGAUUACUUAAUCUUUUGCCAAACUAUAUACCCGAUUAUUGUUUAACUAAUGCUGAAAAAUCUAUAGAAAGAUGGAACACAUUGAUUAUACAAGCAUAUAAAAAGAGUUAUUAUUUGAAAGAAAAUGUUGCUCAACUAAGAGUAAAAGAGGAUGUUGUGAGCUAUGCAAAAUUUAAGUGGCCCCUGCUUUUCUCCAGAUUUUACGAAGCAUACAGAAACUCAGGUCCAAAUCUUCCGAAAAAUGAUGUAAUCAUAGCAGUCAAUUGGACUGGAGUAUAUGUUGUUGAUGAUCAAGAGCAAGUUUUAUUGGAGUUGUCUUUUCCAGAAAUUACCACAGUGUCCAGUCAAAAAACAACCAAAGUGUUUACCCAGACUUUUACAUUGUCAACUGUCCGUGGGGAAGAAUUUACUUUUCAGAGUCCAAAUGCAGAAGAUAUUAGAGAUUUAGUUGUUUACUUUUUAGAAGGUUUAAAAAAACGUUCUACAUUUGUUAUUGCUGUUCAGGAUUACAAGGCUCCUGGAGAAGGUUCGUCAUUUUUAAAUUUCCAAAAAGGAGAUUUAAUUAUACUAGAAGAAGAAAGUACUGGUGAAACAGUUAUGACAUCUGGUUGGUGUGUUGGUUGCUGCGAAAGAACUAAUGAGCGGGGUGACUUUCCUGCAGAAACUGUUUACGUACUACCCACGUUAUCUAAACCUCCUGUAGAUAUUCUGGCAUUAUUUAGUUUAGAGGCUGCAGAUCAUAGCCGUAAAUUAUAUUCACAGCAGUUGAAUGGCACUGAACCUAGAGAAAAGCCCUACAAUUUAAUGGAGUAUGCAAUAGAUCAUUUUCGGGCACCUGCUAAACGAACUGUGUCAAAGACAUUGACAUUAAGUUCGGCAAGACGUGCUAAUAAUGAUGAUUUAUGGCGGCACACCAGAGAACCAAUGAAACAGCCAUUAUUGAGAAAACUUGCAGGUAAAGAAGAGUUAGCGGAAGAAGCGUGUUUUGCAUUUGCAGCUAUGUUAAAGUACACUGGUGAUUUGCCAUCUAAGAGGCGAAUGCCUAAUGAAUAUACAGAUCAAAUAUUUGAUGGACCUUUGAAACACGAAAUCUUAAGAGAUGAAAUUUACUGUCAACUGAUGAGACAACUUACAGAUAACAGGAAUAGGUUGAGUGAAGAAAGAGCAUGGGAACUAAUGUGGUUAGCAACAGGUUUAUUUGCUUGCAGUCAAAACUUGUUAAAAGAGCUUAACUUGUUUUUACGUACAAGACGUCAUCCUAUAUCACAAGAUUCCCUACAGCGGUUGCAAAAGACAAUACGCAAUGGGCAAAGAAAAUAUCCACCACAUCAAGUAGAAGUUGAAGCCAUACAACAUAAAACAACACAGAUAUUCCAUAAAGUGUUCUUCCCUGAUGAUACCGAUGAAGCAUUUGAGGUUGAUUCAUCAACCAGAGCGAAAGACUUUUGUACUAGCAUUUCACAAAGAUUAACAUUACGAUCAAGUGAAGGUUUCAGUCUAUUUGUGAAAAUCGCUGAUAAAGUAAUAUCUGUUCCUGAAGGUGACUUUUUCUUUGACUUUGUUCGUCAUCUUACCGAUUGGAUAAAAAAAGCUAGACCCACUAGGGAUGGAGCAACGCCACAAUUCACCUAUCAAGUUUUCUUUAUGAAAAAACUGUGGACCAAUACUGUGCCAGGAAAAGACAAAAAUGCAGAUUUAAUAUUUCAUUUUCACCAAGAACUACCCAAACUUCUACGCGGAUACCAUAAGUGUUCAAAAGAAGAGGCUGCUAGGUUAGCUGCAUUAAUUUAUAGAGUUCGAUUCGGUGAAAGCAAACAAGAGCUUGCAGCUAUACCUCAAAUGUUACGAGAACUUAUUCCUGGUGACUUGUUUAAAACACAAAACCCAACUGAAUGGAAAAGAUUGAUUGUUGCUGCAUACAAUCAAGACGCUGGCAUGAAUCCUGAAGAUGCUAAAAUAACGUUUCUUAAGAUUAUUUAUCGUUGGCCAACUUUUGGUUCGGCCUUUUUUGAAGUUAAACAAACUACUGAACCCAAUUAUCCUGAACUGUUGCUAAUAGCGAUUAACAAGCAUGGUAUCAGUCUUAUACAUCCACAAACUAAAGAAAUCUUAGUGACUCAUCCGUUCACAAGAAUAUCAAAUUGGUCAUCUGGAAAUACUUACUUCCAUAUGACAAUCGGCAACUUGGUACGUGGAUCCAAGUUGUUGUGUGAAACAUCACUUGGCUAUAAAAUGGAUGACUUGCUAACAUCGUAUAUAUCAUUGAUGUUAUCUAACAUGAAUAAACAGCGAACAAUAAAGUAAACAAGUUAAACCAAAGCUCUUUUACACCGAAGUUUUUUUAAAGCUAUUAUUGUUAUAUCUAUUAUUUAUUUUUAGUCACAGAUUCAUCACAUAAAUCUAGUGUUAAAAAUGUAAAAAAAAAUUAUUUAUAUAGUUUAUAAGAGUAUUUUAAUAUUUAUGUGCCUCACUGUUUAAAUGUAGUGAUAAAUAAGUAAUGGAUAUUUUUAUAGCACUAUCCAUCAGUUGUAUCGUUUCCGUCCAAGUAGUUAAACAGUAAACUAAUAUGAACAACUUAUAUAGUUUGUAUUAUUAUUAUUAUUGUGUACACAUAUUGUAUUGUUUUCCAUAUCCACUUUUGGCAAUGAUCAAAUAUUUUUUUAGUAUUAGGCUAGUUUUAAUUACCUUGUGCAAAUUCAUUUUCACAUUAGUGCAAUUAAUUUUAUAUAUAUGAUUUUUAAUGGGAGUUACUUAGAAAAGGGAUUAUUAAAUGUUU